AUGGAGAGAAUCUUCAACGCCAAGAGAUGCCCGGACGAGAACAGGUUGGCGUUCACAGAAUAUCUAUUGACUGGAGAAGCAAGCCACUGGUGGGCGAGCAUGAGAGCUAUCCUGACGGACGCCCAAAAUCCCAUCACAUGGGAAGUAUUCCGGAGCAAGUUUUAUGAAGAAUACUUCCCUGACAGCGUUCGUUUUGCCAAGGAAGUGAAGUUUCUGCAACUGGUUCAAGGUGGAAUGUCCGUUUCUGAAUAUACGAACAAGUUUAAGCACUUGGUUUGUUUCAACACUAUGGCUACCACUGAGGAGUGGCAAUGCAGAAAGUUUGAAAAUGGGCUGAGGAGUGAUUUGAAGGUGCUAAUUUCCAGCCUGUGUAUUUGCUCAUUUCCUGCGAUGGUUGAAAGGGCCAAAGUAUUGGAGAAGAAUAUGGCAGAAGCGGAACAACAUAAGAAGCAACAACAGGUGGAGUUUGUUUGCACUACAUGA